AUGAACUCGUGGGUGCACAAGAAGGGCCACCAGUCUAAGAAGUGUAGGAUGAAGGCCCAGGAGAGAUUUGCCAAGAAGUUUCCAUACAGGUUCAGCUGGCUGACGGAACCUGGCCCAGAGCCCCCACAGACCUCGGAGGUCAUGACAGUUAACAACACACCGAGGGAGCUGCUGCCCCUGCAGAGGGGGUUGGUGCCAACGAGGUCCAUUCCAGACAAAGGGCUUCAGUUUCCAGGGUACCCCUCACUGCUGUGCUCCUCCCCGCCGCAGCCGCGGCUGCUGCCCCAGAGAAACCUUUGGGAGAUCAAGCUCCUGACCCAACGAUUUCCCAAACAAGGAACCCGCCUGCAGCCCCUUCUGUGCACCAAUGUGGACCACCUCCAGAGUGGCUUGGUGUCAGGAGUUUCCAGAGGCCACUCCUAG